AUGAAUGAGAAGGCUGGAGUUUCGAAAGAACUCAAUGCUAAACAUGCCAAGAUAUUGGAGGGCCUCCUAAAGCUGCCAGAGAAUCGGGAGUGCGCAGAUUGUCGGAGCAAGGCACCACGAUGGGCAAGCGUCAACCUCGGGAUAUUCAUAUGUAUGCAAUGUUCAGGAAUUCAUCGGAGUCUUGGAGUACAUAUAUCAAAGGUGAGGUCUACAACUUUAGAUACGUGGCUACCCGAGCAGGUUGCAUUUAUGCAAUCUAUGGGCAACCAAAAAGCUAACAGUUAUUGGGAGGCAGAGUUGCCACUUAACGUUGAUAGAAGCAAUAUGGAAAAGUUUAUCCGUGCCAAAUAUCAAGAAAAAAAGUGGAGUUCGCCGAAAGCAACUCAACCAAUUCAUGCAGUAGGUGAAAAGAGCUCGAUCACGGAUAAAUCCGCGGCGGGCACUAGAAAUGGCAUUCCAAGGAAAGCUAGAAAAUAUUCGCUGGAGGAAGAAAUGUUCAGCAAGCAUAUGUCACAAAUUGGUCUUGCUGCAAGACCUCGUACGGGUUCUUUGGACAUUACAGAACUCAUGGUUUCACCCACCACAGACGGGCUUGUUAAUGAAAACACUGCUUCUGUAAAUAAUGUUGGUACUGAACAAGAUCUCUUUGGUUUGCUCUAUGUCUCAGAUGUGAAACAGAAUCGCACACUUGUGCCUCCCUCUCGCUGGGCUACUUUUGAGUGUAAGAUCAGCAUCUCUGUUCACAUAAUUCUCAAUUUGAGCGAGAUUUCCGUUCAUUUGCAACAUGGGAAGAGUGACCUCAUCAAGGUGGUGUGUCCAUUUGACAUGAUUAUUGUGGCCUUUGUUGUGAGGAGAAGCAAUGCAACAAGUUUGGCGGCACAAUUUGCUGUUGAUCUGUUGGUUGGAAUACAUACUGAGAAUCCCAUGAAAGUUUGGUCUGAAUUGUGGCAGCGUUCCUUUUCCCUACAUCCCCGAGUUAAACUGCAUCCCGAUCUUCAGAUCCUCUGCACUUCCCGGCAUUCAGAUAUCCGUGGAGGCCGACCAGAUGAGGACCAAGAAUCUGAGCCUCCCAAGAAUCUGAGCACUUCCAGGUGGUUGAAUGGAAGUCUGUAUGAAGCUACCUACAGAUUGCAGUGUAGAAUUAUGUUAUCUUGUGAAUUGCUUGGUAAAGAUGUGGGGACUUUGCAGGCAAGAUGGAUAGCUUUAGCAGUUGCUGCUAGUCUUUCUCAAUCAUUGUGUAGCUAUCAGUUCCAGCGCACAAUGGAUUCUUGCAAGAUGAAAGAUAUAUACAUUGACUGA